ACCCCGCGCGCCUCCCGCCCGACGCGCACCCCGCGCACGCGCUGCUCGCCGCCGCGCACAGCCUGCUCGGGCCCGCCAAGCUCGCCACCAAACAUGCCGACGACUUCACCGUAUUACCCAUAGAGAACGUCACCAUGCCCUCCGAAGAUGUCAGCGAUCUCAGAGAUGUCGUUGACGCGAUCAAUAAACUGUGCGAAACGAUGAAAACUUCGAAUUAUGAAGAUGUCGAACAGGAACAAGAAACGGAACAGGAACAGGUGGUGGAAAGUAAACAGGAGCUGGUCGAACAGCAGCAGGAGCUAGUCGAACCGGAGGAGGUGGUCGUGAGACAGGUAGAGACGUUCGUCGCUGAGAAAUGGAGCGACGCCAUUGUUGAGGAAGCCCCAGUCGAGCAGCCGGUAACGUACGUGGUCGAAAAGUGGAGUGAUUCGGUCGUUGAAGACGUUUCGGAUACGGAACAAUUGGUCACGGUGUGUGAACCGGUCAGUGAAUAUUACACAGCCUCGUCUGAAGUGUCCUUACUCUCCGAUGAGAUGGUCCAAGUGAUCGUCGACGAUAAGGAUAAAGUUGUGAAUUACGCGUCGUCUGAAGUGUCGUUACAGUCGGAUGAAUUGGCGCAAUUCGGUAGUGAAGAUUUGGAAACGAGGGACGAUAGGAUUGGUGUGAUGGCUGGCCACGUGGCGGCCAUGCGGGAGCGGUUCGAGAGCAUGACGCGAACCAACACGCCUUGCCCCGACCUCAUGCGGUCUGCUUCUCCAUCUCUCGACGUCUUUAGGAACAUCACUCCUUCCCCGGAUCUAUUAGACAAAUCAUAGGACAUGUUCUUUUUUACCUUUUUUAAGGUUCAUCGAUAUUCGGAUAUGUGCCGUUCGAUAAUAACGAAUAAUUAAGCGUCUAAAUUUCUAUUCAAUUUAUAGCCUAGCAAUUAAUAUUGGCGGUUUAGGUCAAAUUUAUCGUACCCUUACUCACUGUAUUGUAAUUCUUUCGAUUUAAUUUAUUGCCCCAAAUGCAUUUUAAGAGGAAUGUGUGGAAGGUGCGAUAUAUUGUUAUGUAUUUUGAAAGUCGAUUAGAUUUAUUAAGAUAAUGUAAUGUGCCUGAUCUUGCACAUUGUACACUACGAAAUAUCAUAUCUAGAUGCAUAUUACAUCAGUUUCUAUUCAUUUUCUUCGACCAUACAGUAUCUUCGCUAUCACAAAACACAAAAAUAAUAUAUUUUUGUAGGUAUUCGUACAAAUGAAACGCACGAAAAUGCGCAAAGUAUUAUUAUAUUUUUCUGAUAUUUCACACAUUUUCUUAUAUUUUGUAGUGUACAAUGCGUAAGCUUUAUCGAAACAUCUUCAGUCCUUACCCAUUCGUGUGCCAAUAGGGUUCUAAGUAGGCAGGGUUGUGAUUUUAAUUUUAACAUCGCAAUUCUAACGAUCGAAUACAUAUCGUAUCAUAUACACGGUUAGCUUUAGUAACCCGGCAAUAUUUAAAGGACUUAGUAUUUCGAUUUAUAACCUCUAUUCUGUGUCGUAUUGUGAUUUGGGAACGCUCAAAUUUUGUAGUUUUAUUAUACGGAUAUUGUACAAUUAGCGUGAAUCUACUAAUCAGACCAAAUAAGCAUAUUUAGCUUGCCUGGGCUCCACUACAAAUAAGGCCCAGUAUUUACAAUCUGUAUUACGGAUAAUGUUGCCAUAUUAUUAUUAGUGAUAGAUAAUAGAUUCGUUGACAAACUUGAUUUUAUAGCGUCAUUUGUUUUGUAAAAUUAUCUGUUGUGAAUUUUUACCAGAAUGUUUAAAUCAGUUACGCGUUGGUUUGACGGUGAUACUAGAUAAAUAGAAUUUUUAUAUUAAGUCUGUUUACGGGGUUCGGUAUUAUAUCUUGCAACUUAGCGUAGUUCUUGUAUUAUAACGUUAACGUAUACAAGUGAGACCUUUAUUGUAAUUCAAUAUACGGCUUUAUUAUGUAA